ACACUGAGCGCACUGUACACCGAGCGCAGCAUUCGCAUAUUACACCGCGAACGAACCUCCCCACGUACGAGUACAUGAAAGGGUACGCGCAGUCCCGACAAGGCAUCCGAGAAUGUUGUACAGCCAGUCACUGACCACGGGCGACGGCGGUGAGCGGGGGAUGGGAGCUCGCAAUCUUCGUACGGACGUACGAGCGUACGUGCGUGCGUGCCCACAUAUAUAUAUAUACGAGACGAGACGAGACAGGACGGAAAGAAGAGACACACGGGCAGACAGACAGAACGAAAGAAAGAAAAGAAAGAAAGAAAGACAGAUGGACAGAUGGACAGGUAGACAGAUGGACAGAGACAGAGACAGAGAAGCGAAAUCAGGGCGCGCAAAAACGAGCGAGUACAGGCGAGCGUAUAACCUGGGCGCGACAGCCGCUGCGACAUCGACGUGGCGUCGGAGGCGUAUCGCGAAGGAAGGGAGGAAGGAAAGAAAGGAGGAGGGUUGUGAGUGCGCGUCCACGGAUGAAAAGAGAGAAGGGGGACGAGGCGCGAGCGGAGACGAUGUAUAAUCAAAGACAGUGAGCGGUCGACAGCGGACACCAAAGCAGAACGAAACGAAACGAAACGAAACGAAACGAAACGAGUAGCAAUUACAAGAAAAAAGAAAAAAAAAGUGAAAGUGAAAUGAACAUACAUAAAUAGAUCGAAUUCCACACCGACAGACCUUAAGCUCGAGGACCGACGACCCCGCCUCCCGACUCCUCCCGACUCCCGACUCCCGACCGUGCACUAACCGUGCCUAUCCGUCCACGUCCAUCUCCACCGUCCCCCCACCACCCUCCUCCACGUCCCCGCCAUCCC